UUUUGCGCAUUCGGUGCCGCAGAAAAAGCGGCGCACAUUUUGGACGAUUCGAAGGAAUAAAUCCGAACCGGAGAACGGGCGCACCUAUGGAGCGUUGAUUUAAACACCCCCUUAAAAAAAAAAAAAAAAGGAGGUUGCGUGUGUUAUUUUGAACGAUUCGGCUGGAGGGCGAGGAAAAAGCGGCUGGUUACAUAAGCGAGUGGCUUUAGCUGUCCAGGGUGCUGAAAAGCGCACAUCCACGGAGAAGGUCACAGGCCCGUUUGCUGUGCUGGUGGUGAUUAUAGAUAAAUCGCUUUAAAACAUUUUUACAUAUUUUUUUUUUUCAAGAAGCAUUCCAAAAAGGGGGUCCAAAUGUCGGGUCAGACGCUCACGGACCGCAUCGCCGCGGCCCAGUACCAGCUGACGGGUUCGGACAUGGCCAGGGCCGUGUGCAAGGCCACCACGCACGAAGUGAUGGCGCCCAAGAAGAAGCACCUGGAAUACCUGGUUUCGGCCACCAACACCACCAACGUGAACAUCCCGCAGAUGGCCGACACGCUUUUCGAGCGGGCCACCAACGCCAGCUGGGUGGUGGUCUUCAAGGCCCUCGUCACCACCCACCACAUGUGCGUGCACGGAAACGAGAGGUUCAUCCAGUACUUGGCCUCCAGGACUUCGCUGUUCAACCUCAGCAACUACAUCGACAAAACUGGCUCUCAUGGCUACGACAUGUCUACAUUCAUCAGACGGUACGGCCGCUACCUGAACGAGAAAGCCUUUGCCUACCGCCAGAUGGCUUUCGACUUCACUCGAGUCAAGAAGGGGGCCGAGGGCGUAAUGAGGACCAUGACCACGGAGAAGCUCUUGAAGGGCAUGCCCGUCCUGCAGACUCAGAUCGACACGCUCCUGGAGUUUGACGUUCAUCCCAAGGAGCUGAACAACGGCAUCAUCAACGCCGCUUUCCUGCUGCUCUUCAAGGACCUGGUCAAGCUCUUCGCGUCCUACAAUGACGGCAUCAUCAACAUGUUAGAGAAAUAUUUCAAGAUGAAAAAAAGCGACUGUAAGGAGGCGCUGGAGAUCUACAAGAGAUUCCUGACCCGGGUGACGAAGAUCGGGGAAUUCAUGAAGCUGGCGGAGACCGUCGGAGUUGACAAAAACGACAUUCCCGACAUCAACUACGCCCCCAGCAGCAUCCUGGAGUCUCUGGAAACGCACAUGAAUGGCCUGGAGGACGUUAAGGGCGGCAAGAAGGGGUCUCCGACUAAGGGUUCGCCCACAAACAACAUGUCUCCGACUUCCACUCCGGCCAAAUCUUCAAACGCCGUCCCCGCACUUCAGCCCCCGCCCGGGGAAAGCGCCGCCGCUCCGGCAGCCCCCGAGCCAGCAGAAGAUUCCUUGUUGGACCUGGAUCCUCUUUCCUCCUCUGGCCCUCCAGCAGCAUCGGCCGGCCCCACGUCCUGGGGAGACCUUCUCGGAUCCGAAAUGGGCGAUUCCUUGCUAGCCGAGCCCACCCUGGCAGCGGAGGCCGCGGCCCCCUCCCCCGCCGCCGCCGCCGCCUCCUCCACGCCCGCCCCCGCGGCGCCAGAAGCUGGAGUCCCUCUAGCUCCUCCCACUAGCACAGCGGCCGCCACCUCCCCUGGCGCCACCAAUAUGGAUCUGUUAGGAGAUGCCUUCGCCACGCCCGCCGCCGCCGCCGACGCCACCGAGGCUUCUGCUGCGGCAGCUGAGGGCGGAGCCACCUCCACGCCCGCCGCCCCGGUCGCCGGAGCCGCAGUCGCAGCCGACCCCUUCGCCUCUUCGAACGGGAGCACCGCCGCCGCCGCAGCGCCUUCGGGUCUAGACCUUUUUGGUGUGGAAAUGUCGAGUUUUAGCACUGCGGUGGCCCCCGCUUCUCCGUCAUCGCUCUUCACCCCCGCAUCCGGCACCAUUGUCACCACGGCGACCAGUUCGGUGCCCGACGCCAACCUUACGACCGACCUUUUCAGCGCGGAUUUAUUCAACUCCUCAGCCAUCCCACCCAUCCAUUCCGCCGCACCCCCACCCAAAACUGACAGCAGGGACAUCGUGAGCCUGUUUUGUGGAGGAGGAGAUGCCCCAGCAGCCGCCGCCAGCGCCGCCGCUGCUGCCGCCGCCCCCGGAGCGGAUCUCGUGUCAGCGUUUGACGGGCUAGGGGACGUAAUGAAGCCCACCCUGACCCCGCAGGCGGGCGAUGUUGACACCUCCGUGGCUAACAUGGCGAGUAAUCUGACGAUGGGAUCCCCAGCGGCCCCUCAGGUAGCUCCCCCCAGUUGGGGUGCCCCCAUGCCAGCACCCAUGGGUGUUCCUCCAUUUAUGGGGACUCACCCAGGCUACGGCAUGCCCGGGGCACCGGUAAUUGGAGCUCCCCUGAUGCCUUCGGUUAGGCCGGGCUUCCCUGCCACCGGCGCCCCGAUGUCUCCCGGAAUGACCCAGAGCCCCAGAAAGCCUCCCCCACCCAGGAACGCUCUGGAUGACCUGAACAUCAAGGACUUCAUGUAGGCCGACACGCAGACCUUCAAAAGGUGGUAUUGUGUGGGGCGCUCUAUGGAUGUCUGCACUUCCCCACUGCCUCCCUUCAGCCACGCCCUCUGACCAUCAGCUCAACGCCCCCCCACCCACCCCCACCCCAGAAGCCGCAACCCCUCAUAGACCCCCACCCCAUUAUGUAACUGUUGUAGCACAACCGUGAAUGUGAACCCUAGAUACAAAACACUCUGUUUUACGUGUGUGGGUGUGUGUGUGUGUAAAUCAGUGUUAAACUUUACUUACGAUACCACGGUGGGGGGGAAAAAAAAAAAAAAAAAAAAAAAAAAAAAAGAAUGUUCAUUCUGGACAAAGCUGACCUGAAUGGAAUGGUACGGUGGUUUCUUUGCGCAUCUCGCAGACAUGGACUGUGUUGUUCGAUGUGGACUGUGUUUUGGUGUAACUUUACUGGCCCCCGUCCGCCCCAACCCCCAACACUCCUUUGUCGUCCCAUCUAAUACUGAGCUAGCCUCCUCCGCGUCCCAGCUAAUACUGAAGCUACGUGUGUCACGGUUGUACCUGCAGUAUGUCAAGCUUAGCCAAACAUGCUCCCGAUUGGUCAUGAAAAACAUGCAAAUGUGACCUUAUCUACUGUUUUAUGUUUACUUUUGUUAACUUAGGUAUUAUAUGAAAACGGGCAUACAUUUGUGCUCAAAUUUACUUAUGCAUUUUAGACUAUUUUGCUGAUAAAUUAUACUUUAUUUUUCAGUAAAAAAAAUACCAUAUAUUUUAGUUACAUAUCUUAGGGGGAAAGCAUGUACAUGUUAAAAACAAAAAAACAUCAGUUUAGUCGAGGCAGUAUUGAUUAUAAAAGCAUUGCUGGCUGUUUGAUGUGGCGCCCUCUGCUGGUGUGGCGUGCAUAGGAAUGAAAUAUUAGGUUGCUUGCAUUCGAGCAUGCGUGGAAGGCAUCUGGUCCAUUUGCACAGUGGGAAGGCCCGCUGUAAAGCACUCGCGUGUACGCUGGAUGUUCUCUGUGUUGUUUAUUUCCAAAAGUGCUGUAUCUUAAUCCAUUGUGGCAAUUACAUGUUGAAAGAAACAAAUAAUAAAGGGGACAAUGACAUUUA